AUGAACUCUCUCUUCCACCACACCCUUCGUAAGUGUAGGCGUAGACCGCCUCUUCGAAGCCCUAGGCCGCAGACUCAACCGACGCCUCCUUCUCUGGAUCUCCGCUCGCUGGGGCAUAUCCGAGCUCCCCUCCGUCGAAAACCUCGCGGGCGGACUGGAUCUGAAGGAUUUAUCCACGGUGGCGGCGCGACUCUUCACCGAAUUGAAGCAUUUCUGGCACAGGAUUCUGGGGGCGGCGGAGGCGUGAUUUUCGGCGACCCCGCAUUUGACGCACAGCGCAAUGUUGUCGGUACUACCUUGAACUCCAUCUCCUCUUCCUCUUUUCUCUGCGCCUAA